GCAGCGAGUCGGCCUACCUCGAGAGCUACACGGCAUCGCUACCGGACCGGGUCUCCGGGCUGAAUGCACGGGCGACGCACGUGUCCCCCACGGAGCUGCUCUACAACUGGAUCCCUCUCCUGGGCGCCACGGAGAUCGGCUCCACAGACUUCUCCAUCCUCAAGGGCUACGAGCUCUGGAUGGACGACGGCUUGGGAGGCAAGUUCUCCCGCACCUACGAUGGCUACAACAAGCCCUUCGAGACCUACUUUGUGGCCACGGGGUUGGUGAGCGUGAAAGCAGAGGGCCAACGCCUCUCCUUACCCCAGCACACACUGUGUGCUGUAUUUGCUAACCGGCGGCUUUUGGCUUUGGCACACUUCUGCAUCCAGAAACUCAGCCACCGCGAGGUUGACACGGCGGUUGAGGCUCGCAAGUCGGGCAACAUGAAGCUCAUGUGCGCUGCAGUGGAGCUGCAAAUGCGCUUGGCUUUGGCCACCCGUUGGUUGAAGAGCUGCGUGCCGAUGCUGCAGCCCGAGAAAACGCUCCAGCGUGCAACCUUUGAUGCCGGAAGCUGGCAAUUGGAUGCAGAUCUGCUGCUGGAUGCAGAAGAGAUGCUACCACAAACCGAAACUGAGUUUGAGCUCGGGGUUGCAAUUCGCAGUGGAACCAUCCAUGACUUGUCAGCGGCACUGGAGAGCGCCGAGGAGUAUCUGCAAGAUCAGCAAAUGAAUGAGCAAUUGAAGGGGCGCAGUUCAUGGCGCAGAGACUGUUCGAGCGUGUUCAGCCAGCUUUUGCUCCGACUUCCCUCUUCUUGCCCCUCUUCCCCGGACCUCUCCGAUCCGGUGCCACCUCCUCUGGAAUUUUUCGCCUUUUUGGACUUGUAUUCUUUGGCUUUGGGAAUCUGUGUGGGUCUGUGCUUGGGACCAGCCGUGGACUUGUUGCCGGGCCGCACCUAUCGGGCCUACGUCCGUGCAGUCAACGUCGUUGGCUCUGGCCCAGAUUCCGACGUGUUGUACCGGGCCAUGGCCGUGGAACCCUCGGCGCCCAGCGACCUGCAGGUGGCCUCGGCUGGUGCCGAGGAGGUCCUAUGCAGUUGGAAGCCGCCGCAGGACAACGGCGGGGAGCCCGUGCUGCACUACGUUUUGGAGUACGCGCCGGAGCCACUCUUCAACACCUGGCAGGAAGAUGGGCCCUACCCGGACAACACGCAGUUUACAAAAACGAUCUUCAACCUGGGGCAGGGGCUGGUGUAUCAGUUCCGGAUCCGCGCCGUGACCAAUGCCGGAGGUGGCUCCUAUUCCAAUGUGGUGUCCCAGGUCGUCGGCACCGCUCCGACGGCGGCGCCCAGUGGCCUCACGAGGGCCUCCACCACCUCGGUGUCCUUGACCUGGGCCUGGUCGCCACUGCCCGUGGCGCAGACCGGUGGGGCACCCCUGGGCGGCUACCGCCUCUACAUGAAUACCGGCCGGGACGAUGUGACCUCCUUGGUCUACGACGGCAGCGACAAGCCUUCGGCCACGGAGUUCACCGCCACCUCCCUGGUCUGCGGCAGAGUCUACAAGGCCGAGGUGUCCGCCGUGACCAGCAUCGGGGAAGGCCCCCGCAGCUCCAUGGCAGCUUUCAAGCUGGCACACACGCCGUCGCAGCCCCGGUCGGCGCGAGUGUUGGCCAGCAGCACGGGCUCCAUCACGCUGGCCUGGGACAUCCCCGAGAGCACGGGCUGCACAGAGCUUGAGUACUACCGCAUCGAGCGCGACACGGGUCAAGGCUUCGAGCCUGUCGCAAAUGUGUCGACGCCGAUUCAAACCUACACCGACACUGGAGAUUUGAGUCCUGGCCAAAUGUACAUCUACCGCAUCGCGGCCCGCAACGAUGCGCUGGAUUACUUCGGACCACACAGCUCGCAUGUCACCGCAUUCGCGGCCUCGCUCCCUGGCAUGCCUCGCAACCUGGGCUACGUCACGUCCACCAGGACUGCCAUCACGCUCAUGUGGGAUCCUCCCGCAGACACGGGAGGGGCAAUGGUGGAUUUCUAUCGGGUACAGGCAGAUGAUGGUUUGGGAGGCGCCUUCGGCGACGUGGCGGUGGUCGCAGGGACCUACACGACUAUCGAGUACCUCACGCCUGGGCGGCCCUACCGUUUCCGCGUUGCUGCUGAAACGGUGGUCGGCACGGGUCCCUACACCGCCGUCUUCCAGCAGGUGGUGGCAGCGGUGCCUUCAAAUCCCCAGACGCCCAUUGUGGAGACGAUCCCCGGAUACAUGGACCGCGUGCGCGUCACCUGGGCGGAGCCUUCGGACAACGGGGGUUCGCUCACGCUGGGGUACAAGGUGACCUUCGACGGCCAAUGUGAUCGCUACGACGGCACCAGCGUGGCUUCCAUCACCUCCGUUCAGAUCAUCUGCGUCACGGGCCAGCAUCACUUGAUUACCGUGGCCGCACGGAACGUGGUUGGCUGGGGAGGGCCGAGCCCUUCCGUCUCCCGAGUCUGUGGCGCAGAGCCCGACGCCCCGGCAGACCUGCGGCUCAAGAUGAACGUCCCGUCGCAGCCGCUUGACAUGGUGGACCUGCGCACGCCCUCGUCGAUGACCCUAACCUGGAACGUGCCCACCGUGGAUGGAGGGAACCCGGUGACCUCCUACCAGCUCUACAGGGAUGCCGGCGACUCCUCGGGCAUCUACACCUUGGCCUAUGCGGGGACCAUGGCUUCGGUGACUCUGCACUCCCUCAGCAACGGCAAGACCUACCGCUUUUACGCGGUGGCCGUGAACGAUGUGGGGCCCGGCGCCAGAACCAGCGUUUUCUCGGCGGAGAUGCGCUGCACUCCUCGCAGCCUCGUGGCCGCGCCCUACAAGGUCUCGGGCAGCCCUUGGUCCAUCUCCAUCGCUUGGCCCGAGACGGCGGACAACUGUGGCCGAGCCGUAUCCAGCUAUCGGGUUUACCGGGACGGCAAUCUGGUCUUCCCGCUCUCGAACGAGUUUCACGCGCCGCCGGCUCUGGUGGGCGCUAUCAGCUCGGAUAGCGUCACUUUGCGCAUCACCGCGAAGGAGUCGGGAUCUGCUUGGGCCAUCCUGGUGAAGGACGACGACAAGGCGAGUCGCGGUAGCGAAGGCGACAAAAGCCGAGGGGAAACCUUGAGCGAAUGCCUAAAGAGCCUGGUGAACAGUGGCUCCAAGUGGCAAGACCUUAGCAGGACCAAUGAGGUCCACUUUGUGGACGGAGAGGUCGUCACGAAAUAUUCUUCCAUCGGAGUGGACUUUAGCCUUCCGCUCCUGUGUACAGAUGUGACCUGGACUCGGAUUCCCACGCCAGACUUCGAUUCCAUGCAACAAACCCCCUUCGAUCGGGCCGAGACGGAAGAGAUCCCGGAGGUGAAGUUCCUGAUCGGCCUGGCUCCCCGCUGGAAGCGCCUGCAGAUGGCGCCCUUGGAGUGCUUCGACGAGGGCACGGACGAGUUCUGGGUGCUCUGUGCAAGCUUCCAGGUGGGCACCCCCGAGAUGGAGUCCUUCUUGUCAGUCCUGCAACGCAGCGGUGCUCUCAGGUGGGACAUUGACGAGGAGUACGUGUUUCACAGACAGGUCAUUGGACGGGGUUCCUCGAGCAUUUCGCGGCGAGGCCUCCUUCGCCGCAGUUUUUGCGAGCUCUCGACCCUGGUGGACGAAAGUCAUUCCGAGGAAGAGCCCGCCUCGCCACCCUGCGAUCCGGUGGCCAUCAAGAUCACGAAGCACCCGGAAUCGGACGAGGAAGCACAGUCGAUAGUGAACGAAGUUCGGUUUCUGGCCGCGAGCUGUCAGCAUCCGAACAUCGUGCAGUUGCUCGGAACCUUCUGCGCAAAGUGGAGGGGCAAGUCACUCUGGCUUCUAGCGCUGGAGCUUUGUAGUGGUGGUCGUCUUCAAGAUCAUGUGAAGAUCUACGGACACCUCGAGCCCAUCGCCGGGGAGGGUGCGAGUGUGGGACUCUUCUCGGCAGUGGCCCACUUGCACGGUCGUCGGAUUCUACACAGAGACAUCCGGCCUCAGAACAUUCUCCUCGCAGAGAAUCUUCGACCUGUCCUGGUGAACUUCGGCAACGCCUGCUCCUUUGAGGACGUGUCCUGCCUCAGCGCCCGGCGGACGGCCCGAGCGGAUGGGUACACCGCGCCGGAAGUCAUCGACGGGCGCUUGGGGACUCAGGGUCCCGCAAGCGACGUCUUCAGUACGGCGGCCACUGUCCUUUUGAUGCUCACUGGCAUCGAGCCCUGCAACGAGGCGAAGAGUGCGGAGCAGACCUUGACGGGGAACGCGAGACUCGACGAGCUGGCAGCCAGCAAGCUCAGCCAGUCCACCGUCGCCCUGCUGCAGCGCCUUCUCGCGCGGCACGCGCGGAAGCGCCCCACGGCGUGUCAGGCUUGCAUGAUGCUGCAUGAAGAGGCGGCCGAAGAGGUGCAGGAGCUUUCGGUCUUCGAGAAGGCCGUCACAGCGCUGUCCAUGACACUGGCGGCGACGGGAGGCGCAGAUCGCGGCUCGCACGUCGGGUUGGCCUCCAUCGAUGAGAGCGAGGCCUUAGAGGAGCUCAUGCAAUCGGCAGUGGAAGGAUGUUCCAGCUUCGCUGGCGGUGCCCCCACGCUCCCCGAGAGCGACCUUGCCGGCGGCUACUCAGCAUCAGGCCUUGCUCAGCCUCCCCCACCUCCAGGCGGGGCGGGCCCUGCGCCGUUGCCCUUGGAGCCGACAUCGCCGACGUCGUCCCCGUCCUCCUCCUCCUUCGUGCCGCAGCCUCCGAGCGGUCCGAGUCCUCGGAAGGGUGGGCGGGUUUUUAUGGGAAGGAUCUUGCACGUGGUGGACCCAAGCCGAUUCGAUACACUGUACACGCCGGCGCCCACGUCCACAGCUCCGAAGGUGAAGGCAGGCAUGGAUGCCGUCGGGAGGCUGUCCUGCCGUGGCACAGCGGUGCCUGUCGUGGCCGGGGUGGAGCGAGAGAUUCUGCUGCACGGCUGUGGCCUGAUGGGGAUGGGCUGGUACUCUGUCUUCGCCUACGUCGAGUCUUACGAUGCCCUUGACAACGAUGGGUCCUUGUACGGGCCGCUGCGCUUCCAAGUCCCGGCGUCCUCCAACUCCUUCGCCGUGCCGCCCGAGAUCCAGAUGCCCGUGACGAAGGAUGGCCUCGCCGUGACUUUCACGCCCAUGGCCUCCGCAGGCACUGAGUGA